CCUCCACCGCAUGCCGGGGACGGUGAAAUGCCACCCUUUUCGAACCAUGGGCCAUUUCGUAAGGGCCACCCGAAGCAAUUUGGCGACAAGAAACUCGGCAAUCGCAAUCCUCCUCCUCCACCUUCUGCUGACGGCAAAAGCACUCAAGCUCCACCACCGUCAGACGUAGGCGACGAUCUUGCCCCUCCGUUCCCCUGGCAGGAUGGUGCUCCCCUCAACUUCCCGACGCCUCCUAGGCAGGGCAGUGGCGAGGCUUCAAAGCUCCACACUCCUAAAGGAAAGCAGCCUCCAUUCCCUCCCCCCCCCCAAGGG